UGGGGCGCUGGUGUCACGGCUCAGCUGCCAGUUUGAAAAAAUGUCGGGAAGGAGGCGCAUCGGGGACCCGGAGUGUUUGACCAAAAGAAUUCCACAGAAUCCUAAAUAUCAACACAUAAAAUCUCGCCUUGACACGGGAAACAGCCUGACCAAAUACAUUGAGAAAUUGGAAGAGAUCAAGAGAAAUUACAGAUACAAAAAAGAUGAGCUAUUCAAGAGGCUGAAAGUGACAACUUUUGCCCAGCUGGUCAUCCAAGUUGCUUCUCUAUCUGAUGAAACAUUAGAAGUGUCACCGAAGGAGAUCCAAAAGCUGGAAGAUGGUGAUACUGUUAUUUCAGAGACUGACGCUGAGUUCACAGCUGGGACUAACGGGAAAGGAAGCCCCACGGAGAAGCCAGCCAGUCCAGCCCUGUUCAUAAACAACACGGGAGCAGGGGAAUCGUAUCGGUCUACUCUGCAGAGUGUGAUCAGUGGUGUCGGUGAGCUAGACAUAGACAAAAGGCUGCGGAAGAAACCUGAUGCUAAUGCUAAAGAUACUAACGCUAAAGACAAACCUUACCCCGACUGCCCGUUCUUGCUGCUUGACGUACGAGAUCGAGAUGCAUAUGACCAAUGUCAUAUCGUUGGAGCUCACUCCUACCCUAUCGCAACGCUGUCUAGAACCAUGAACCCUUAUACGAAUAGCAUUCUGGAAUAC